AUGGCACUAGCCAAGGCGAAGGAGAUCGUAGCUUCCAACCCCGUCGUCGUUUUCAGCAAAACCUAUUGCCCUUUCUGUGUCGAAGUCAAGAAGCUCUUCGCUAAUUUGGGCGUCACUUUCAAAGCCAUUGAACUCGAAACUGAAACUGAUGGAAGUGAGAUCCAAGCAGCAUUAGCUCAGUGGACUGGUCAGAGGACUGUGCCAAAUGUUUUUGUUGGGGGUAACCACAUUGGCGGCUGUGACACAACAACCAACUUGCACAGCCAGGGUAAGCUGGUACCCCUGUUGACAUCUGCUGGAGCUCUUUCUGGGUCAGCUUCAUAA